AUGUCCAAAUCCGCAAUCAUCGCAGUCAUUCUUGGAGUCAGUGUAGCUCUUGGCAUGCCACUUGUUGAAAAAUGUCAGGACUACGUCAUCCUGAGUUCUCGCGGUACAUUCGAGCCUCAAGGCCCUUCCAUCGGCUUCGUGGGUAUGAUUAAGACUACUCUGUCUGCCAUCUCGGGGGGCUUUGAGUACGAUGUGGUGUACCCUGCGGCUCCCGACCCGACGCAAUUGACGACCUAUAUUGGAUCUGAAGACAUUGAGAAGCAUAUUCAUACCGGCCUCAAGGUAUGCCCUCAGCAGAUGUACGCCCUGCUUGGGUACUCUCAAGGAGCUACUGUUACCUUGGAAGCUCUUCAAAAUUUGACUGGUACGCCUGCUGAAGCGGCUAUAAAAGCUGUUGUUUUUAUUGGAAAUCCAUACCAGGUCAGGAAUCAGAUAACCACGAUUGAUCAAAAUGGCGGUGCAACUACCCGAGGGAACAAUGGCGCCCUUCUUUCUGAGAACCCUAGCCUGGGUCUCUCUCAACAUUGGGAGGACAGUGGCAAAGUUCGGAACAUCUGUUAUGAGGGCGACUUAGUUUGCAACGGAAUUGCAUCGAAUACUUCAAUGGCCAACCAUCUCCUCUAUGGAAGUUCAAGUUCUGUACAAAAGCUUGGAGCUGAUUUCCUUAUCUCCAAGCUCGGCUAG